AGCUUUCGAUCACAACUUAGAUCAUUUUCAAGAAUGAAUGACAAAAGGAAAAGAAGCAGUAUAUAUACAAAAAUACAUGCAGAGCGAAAGAAGAAUUUUGGAAAAAUCUAAAAUAUCAAACAAUAACUAAAGAAGAAGAGAGGAAAAAACCAUAAUAACACAUUAGAUCAAUUAGUUGAAAGAAUCAAAAAUAUAGAUUAUGAGGAUGGUCAAAUUAUGGUAAGUUUUGACAUUGAAUCGUUAUACACAAACAUUCCUGUGUACGAAGCCAUCGAAACUGCAUUAGACUUGUUUUAUGUUGAUGGUAUUAAACCCAAUGAUACUCCAUAUUGCAGAGAUGAGAUGAAGAAAAUUAUUAAAAUUAGCGAUAUGUGAUGUUCCUUUCAGAUUUCAAGCAGAGUUAUACAAACAGAAAGAUGGUGUUGCCAUGGGCAGCUGUUUAGCUCCUAGCUUGGCCGACGUAUUUAUGAUUAAAUUGGAACAAAAAUUAAAUAAAUUAUCGUUCAACAAACCACAAUUGUAUUUAAGAUAUGUCGAUGAUGUAUUCUGUUACGCAUUCUUCGGAUCUGUUCCAACACCACAACUGAUUGAAACACAAUUGAAACGGCUAACAGAUAUAUUGGGUGAUAAUGGUUAUCCAUCACAUAUUAUUCGAAAAGGGACUCUUGAAGGGAAGGUCAUUGCAAAACGAUUGGAAAAUCCUAAACAUAGAAAAGUUAUAAAAUUACAAUCAAAGUUAAGGAAUAUAUUCUUCAUAUUACCAUAUUUUGGAGAAGAAACGUUUGUAUUGGGACAAAGAAUCAAGAAGCUAUGCAAACAAAUGAUUCCAACAGUGGAUUUGCAAAUUGCAUAUAAAAAAACGCUGACAUUGAAAAGUAUAUUUUUACCAAUACAAAAGGGAUUAGAUGAAAGUAAGAAAAUGAAGAAUAUUCUCUAUUCUAUUCCUUGUACAAACUGUGAUUUUAAAUAUUUUGGAGAAACAUCGAGAGACAUUAACAUUCGUAUUGAGGAACACCGUUAUGAUGUGCGCAGGCACGCACCAAAUUCAAAAAUUGUUCAGCAUGUCCAUGAAAAGAAACACGUUAUGGAUUUUAACAAUGCAAUUACUGUUGCACAUGAAACCAAUUGGAAAAGAAGAACGAUCAAAGAAAGUCUGCUGACACAUUCAGCUGGUGGGAAGAAUAUUAAUGAUGUGAAAUUCAAAUUGAAUAUUUAUUGA